AAAGCUAAUUCCAUUGUGUUUGUUAUCUUCUUCUUCUUCUCUUUUUCUUCGUUGGGAGCGAAACCAACUUUAUAUUCUUUUUGCUCUCAUCUCAUGGAUGCACCAGUAGUAGACGCAGUGUACCUGAAGGAGAUCGAAAAGACUCGUCAAGACCUUCGCGCUCUCAUCUCCAGCAAGAGCUGCGCUCCUAUCAUGCUCCGUUUAGCGUGGCAUGAUGCUGGAACUUACGACGCCAAAAGUAAGACUGGAGGUCCUAAUGGCUCAAUCAGGACUGAGGAUGAGUUGAAACAUAGUGCAAAUGCUGGUUUGGAAAUCGCAGUUAGAUUAUGCGAACUAGUGAAGGCUAAACAUCCAAAAAUUACAUACGCUGACCUAUUCCAGCUUGCUGGCGUUGUUGCAGUCGAGGUCACUGGAGGCCCCUCUAUCGAAUUUGUUCCAGGCAGAAAGGAUUCAUUUGAAGCUGAUGAAGAAGGGCUCAUUCCAGAUGCCAAACAAGAUGCACAGCAUUUAAGGGACGUCUUUUAUCGCAUGGGUCUAACUGACAAGGACAUUGUGGCAUUGUCCGGAGGCCACACAUUGGGAAAGGCACACAGGGAGAGAUCAGGAUUCGAAAGUCUAGCUUGGACAACUACGCCUAUGAAGUUUAAUAACUCAUAUUUUGUAGAGCUCAUGAAAAGAGACUCACAGGGAUUGCUGAAACUCCCCACAGACAAGGCAUUAGUUGAAGAUCCUAAGUUUCGUCCCUAUGUUGAGCUAUAUGCAAAGGAUGAGGAUGCUUUCUUCACAGAUUAUGCGGCAUCACACAAGAGACUUUCAGAACUAGGCUUCACUCCACCUUCCUGGGGCCCCCCAAUGGGAGUUGCAAAGAGCAGUAAAAUAUUGACACAAAGUGCUGUGGGGGUUGCAGUUGCUGCAGUUGUGUUUAUCUUUAGUUAUUUUUACGGAAUUCACAGAAAAUCGAGUGAACAAGACCUCACUCUGUAGAAUUCUACAAAAUGGGUGGAGCAAUUAGCAUCUUGCAAUCAAAUAUCUCCCUAUUUAAGAUUGAAAACUGUAACAAUAAGUCUAACCUGUUCACACAUGUUACUGAUUGUAACUGCCGAAACCAGACAAAAAUACAUUUGAAUCUCUAACUCAAAUAACAUGAUUCGUUCU